GAAAAAAACAGUUAUUUGUGAAAUCCCGCCCACCUCUAAUUGCUUUCUGUCAGGCAGGAAAUAUGACCCGUCAAUCAAUUGGGUUUGCGUUCUUUAUUACGACGGCUGUGUGUAGUUUUGUGAUUAAUCGCUUUGUGUGGAACUGAUGUGUUUUUAUGUCACUAGCGUUAGCGCUUAAAAACGGUCAUAUUUCACACAUAUAAUCUUUUCAUGACGUCUUAAAAAUCAACUCCAGCUCACAAAUAAUUGAACAAAAUAAUCCGCUAGCGAUUUUACUCGGAGAAACAAGUUGUGACUCUUCGUGGUUUUGAAUAACCACAACCGGUGUGCUUUUCCGGGUUUGCCCACUGAGACCAAUCGGUGCACAGGAGAGGUCCGUCGCCAUGGCAACAUCACACAACCAACGAACGCAGACCAAGACGCCUGGGUUUUAGAGAGGGGUGAGGCCUUAUGUUUUCACUCAGAAGAUGUUGCAGUCCGGAAAGCUGCGUCAGGCUGAGGCCUGUGAGACGCACCUCCCUCUCCUGGAACUACUGGACACAAGAAUGACAACCCAUCAAAAGAUGCCCUUGGUGGAUUUGGAUCAGACACUUUUUCAGCCCUUCCCGCCUAAGUUGGUCUUCCAAAACUUCAUGCCUGCACAGUCUUAUAAGUUACCGCUGCAGCUGUUUAACAAUGACAAGGUGUCACGGCAUGUCAAGUUGGAGCAUCAGGAGUCAGCUUAUUUCUAUGUUGAAGGUCCAAAGGAGGCAAGGAGUAAAGUAGCAGCAGGGCUGUCCGUGACCUUUACAGUGUGCUUCACUCCACAGGAGAGCAAGGACUACCACCAUACUCUGGUCUUUGUGACAGAACGGGAGCAGUUCGAGGUGCCGAUUCAUGCCAUUGGGCCGAGAGCCAGUCUGAACUUUCGCGAUGAAUUGCAUUUACCUGUCUGCUUAGUGAAAGCCUCCACACAGAAGACUCAGCUUGUACGCAACCAAGGAAACCGCAUUGCCAUCUUCAAGCUACAUACUGAGAGCCCUUUUUCGGUAACUCCAUCCAUUGGAACUCUUGAUGUUGGCGAGAGCAUGCAAGUCACUGUUGCUUUCAAUCCGAUGACCACAGGAGACCACCGCCAGGAUCUGCUGCUGCACUAUGACACUGGUGAAGAUGUGCACAUAAGUCUGCAAGGUUCCUGUGAGGAGCUGUACCUCCAGCUUAUUCCUGAAUACCUUCAUUUGGAAAAGACGUACAUCUCCUUGUCAAACACACACACCGUGUCCCUCACCAAUAGUAGUGAUACCACUCUUAAAUACUGCUGGAUGACAUGGGCAAGUCAACAAGAAGAGAACCUGGAUACCUCAGUGCUCAAGCAGCAGUCGGAUGUGGAUAAACAGUCGCUUGCUCAGUGCCACCCUGACUCCGCAGCCAUACAUCGGGCUGUCCCAUCCUUCCUCUCUCUCUCACAAGGUUGCAUAACAGUGGAACCAGCGGUGGGAGAAAUAUGGCCAAACACCACAUCACGUUUCAGCGUCGUCUUCAAGCCCAAGGAAGCCAAAGUAUACCAACAAACCAUAUAUUGUGACGUCACAGGCCAAAAAUCUCCCAUCCCUCUGACAGUAAGGGGUGAGGGUUUAGGACCUGAAGUGCGGGUUAAUUGUAACCUAAUGGAUAUGAAAAACAUUUUCAUAGGCCACGCAGUGUCUUAUGAGGUGCAACUGUCCAACCAUGGGCUGAUUGAUGCACCUUUCGAGCUAUCAAGUCCCAACUCUACUUUUGGUCAGUUUUUCUCCUUCACUCCUGAGAAAGAUGUUCUUUCCUCUGGGGCCUGCCAGAUUGUAAAAGUCACCUUCCACUGUGACAUCUUGGGAGCUUUCUCUGAGGACUUACAGCUAACUGUGACUGGACAGCCUCGACCGCUUACGGUGACUUUCAGGGGCUGUGUCAUUGGUCCCACCUUCCACUUCGAUGUUCCAAAUCUCAACUUUGGAGAUGUAUCAUUUGGUUUCCCAAAAACAGAAAUGUGUUCGCUCUUCAACACAUCAUUUGUCCCGAUGACUUUUUCACUGCGUGUUGUGGGAGACGGGCUGGGGUCUCCCAGUGUGACCAGUGACCAACAGGUGUGUGAGCUGUGCAGGAACAAUUGGCAAGGCACUUCCUCUCAUGACCUCAGUGCAAGGCCUGUUGAGUUCACCGUCAGUCCUGCUUCAGGUUCUGUGCGUGCUAUGUCAGAUGUCAGCAUUAAGGUUACAUUGUGCUCCAACACAGUCAAACAAUACAGGGUGGCUCUGGUGGUAGACGUUGAGGGCGUUGGAAAAGAGAUCAUGGCUCUACCCGUUGCUGCCAGGUGUAUUGUUCCUGAGAUCAUGGUGGAAACUCCAGUGUUGGACUUCCAGAAGUGUUUCCUCAAUUACCCUUAUGAAAAGAAAGCACGCCUGACAAACCCUGGUUCUCUACCUGUCUGCUAUGGCAUGUUGGAGCAGGAAUAUGAGGAGAGUCCUUCAAUCAUAUUUGGGAGUUCCUUAUCAAGGGGAGUGAUUCCUCCUCACGGUUCAGCAGACCUUCCUGUGUUUCUGCUGGUGAAGGACGUUGGAAAGCAGCAUCACACUCUUUACAUUGCUCUGUUUGGCAGCAGUCACUCACCCCUGGAGGUUGACUUGUCAUGCACUGGGCGUGGUCCUAUAGUUCACAUCCAGAGCCAACAACUAGAAUUCGGCAAAAUCCCUGUUCUGACGGACAUUGUUAAAACCUUUUCCCUGACUAACCAGUCACCGGUGCCAGCAUGCUUUACAGCACGCAUGAGUCAAGGCAAGUCCCCUUGGUAUGUUGAACCUAAAGAAGGGGAAGUGCCACCACUUGGGCAUCUGGAGCUCAGGAUUGUGGCACAUCUGAAAGAUACACUAUCUUUCCAAGAAAAACUUGACAUUUCUGUCCAAGGCAGUCAAACCCACACUGUUGUCCUAUCUGCAACAGGCACUGGCACCACAAUUGUCAGUGACAAACCCAUAUCUCCCAAUCUUGACCUUGGCACACACUUCAGCCAUGGAUCACGUGAAUUCCAUUUUAAGCUGACCAACUAUGGCCAACGAAUACACCGACUUUACUGGAAGUCCGAGUGCUCAUCUGGUCGGACUUUCCUGCCCUCCAUUUCAGCUUCAAAAAAGAAGGAUUCUGUUACCAGUGGAUCCUGGGCAUGCCCAACCGAAGACAAGCCAGUAUUCAGCAUCACCCCAACACGUGUGGAACUUUUUCCGGGUGAUUCAGUUGACAUGUUGCUGAAAGGAUCUUCAGAUUCCCCCAAGGUUGUGAAGGAGAAUUUUGUCUGCUGUGGCAUUGUGGGCCUUCAAGGCAUUAAGGAGCACAUCAUGUCUGUGGAGGUGACAUGCCAGUUUGUGACUCCCAUGCUCACAAUGUCCUCCCAGAAGUUGAAUUUCUACAUAGAAAAGCACCCAAGAACGAGUCUUACUCUAAUGUAUGAGGAGCUGGUUUUAAAGAAUGUGUCAUCGCUGUCUCUAUCCAUGGAGCUCUUUCUUGCAGCUCCUUUCUCAGUCUGUGAGGCACAGGAAGCCCAAAGUACUGAUACCACUAAGAGCAUGACAUUAGGUCUAGGGGAAGAGGCUCACUUAUGGAUAUGUUUUGAUCCAACUCACUUUCAAGGCCGAUUGUCACAAGUGGUGGAUCAGGUCCUUGACAUGCACUACAUAGGACACCCACAAAAAGACCAGGUGGAGCUGCAUGCUGAAGUUCAUUAUCCCAACCUCCAUUUUUCCACCACCACAGUAGAUUUUGGUAGCGUGCUCAACUCUACAGAAAAUCACAGGGAAGUCACAAUGACGAACUGUUCCCCGCUGCCUGUCUCUUACCAUUGGGCUUGUUUGGUGGAUCACACACACUGUGCCGUCAGGUCUUCUGCUCCCUCUCCGGUUGCUCUCAGCCACAGACCUGUUGCACAAGACAAGGAUGUCACAGAGUGCUCUGUGUGUGUGCAAGAGGUGUUUGAUGUCUUGCCAAUGUAUGGUCAUCUGCAACCUGGCGAGCAGCAGUUGGUCACAUUCAUCUUCCACGGCCAGGACUUCGUUCGCCGAGAGGUGAUCGCACAGUGCCAAGUGGAGCAUGGCCCUACAUAUGACAUCAGACUAAGAGGCGAAGCAUCAGAGAUCAGCUUCAGCCUUGACUCAAACACCGUUGACUUUGGUCUGCAGCGUUUUGAUCAAAUUGGGGAAUCCACCGUAAUUCUGAGAAAUACUGGAAAGGUGGGCUUCAAAUUUUGUAUUGAAAAGCCCGAAAAGGAAGGGACUUCAGUUGAGCAGUUACAAUCAGAUGCAACUUCGGACACAUCAAAUGAGCAGAAUAAAGAGGUCCAACCUGGGCAACCCAUGGUCAUCCCCGCAACGGGUUACAUUGAUUCUGGCUCGGAGCAUUGCCUGCGUGUGCUCUACCUCCCUGGGAUCCCUCAGAGGUUUGAGGAGCGUCUUCUGGUGGUGGUGGCUCAUUUACCAUCGCAGGUCAUCACGCUCACAGGAGAGGGAGUGUUCCCACGGAUCUCCUUGAAUUUGCCCCGAAGCCUGGCAAAGGAAUCCCACAGUGAUGUGGCUGACAGGGCCAGAAUAGCCAUCGAAACAAAGGCGACCAGAGCCCUGAAUUAUGCAGAGAUGUUUUAUGUUGAGAUUGAGAACAUGCUAGUCACAGAAAAUGCUUUGGCUGUGAGCAAGAGCCUCGUGGAGCUUGGAAACUCUCAAAGUUCCACCAAAAAAUGGAACAAACUCAGCAAGUUCUGCCUUCCUGAGUAUGUUUUGGAUUUUGGCUAUGUUGUUCCAAGCCAAGUCCUCAAACAAACUGUUAUUAUGACCAAUAAUGGGUCAUUACCUGUGUCCCUCCACACCAACAACAAAGUCACGGCAGGUUUUAGGGUAGAAUUUGGUCACACAAAGAACCUUUCCCGGGGUGAGUCAGAGACUUUCACUGUGGAAUUUGAUCCCCAAAGAGGCAACCUGCCACUGGGGAUCAGAGAUGCUGUCAUUCCAAUUCAGGUCUUAGGUGCCCCAUCAGUGCAUGUGCGUCUGUGUGCUGUGGUGACCUUGCCGUCGAUCUCUGUUUCCACAGAAACACUGCAGUUUGACACUGUGCGGUGUGGCAUGUGCAAGAUUCUGACACUACAGCUACACAAUCAUGAAUCUGUGCCCUGCAAAUGGAGCAUAAUCGAAGAUGUGAAGCCUGUAAAGGUUGAUAAAUUCCUGCCCCUUCACCAGCGGAGCAAAUACCUACAGCAGAACCGGCCACCACCUUUGAUGUUUGAGAUGACCCCGUCCUCUGGCAUGCUCACCUCCAGUGACCGGGCCAAUGUCCAGGUCAAGUUCACUCCUGCUGAGGGGUGCCAUUACAAGAGGCAUUUAAUUGUCCAUGUGACGGAGAGCGCCCACCCAGUAAUCAUCACAGCCCAGGGACAGGGUGAAGACCCACAUCUGGUGUUCUGCCCACCAGAGUUGACCAUGGGGCCCUGCCUGCCAUUCAGUAUGGAGAUAGAAGCAGAGAUCACAGUCAAAAACCCCUGUUCUUACCCCAUUGAGUUCUACUCCCUUGAGUUUGACACACAGUAUCAAAACGAAGAGAGGAUUCUUAAUGUAGUGGAUGCAUAUGACAUGAACGGUAUACUGCUGCUUCCUCCAAGACAUGCCGGAGACAGUCUUCCAACAGAACUUCUGGAGUUUUACAAAGAUCACUGCUCUAAUGAUGCAAGCAUGUCUGGGAUGUCUCCGCAACGAGGGAGACACAACAAAAAGGCUGAAAAACACAAAGCUGAACUGAUCAUUUCAGAUAUCAUCAAAGUAGGAGAAACCGGGAAUCUGGGAACGCUAGAGGUAACUCCCAUCUCCAAAGCUCUAGCCCGGUGCAUUGAUAUUGACCUGUCACGCGAGGGUCUGGCUGCCCUCAACUGUCGAGGCAUUGCUAUAAUAAUAUAUGGAGCCCCACUGACAGGUCAAAGCGGCAAAGCUGCAGCUCUGGCAACUCACUACGGGGCUGCAUUUCUAAGAGUGGAUAAUGUGUUCGCUGAUGCACUGAAGAACGGGACCUCUCUCGUUAGCCUGGCUGCAAGACAUCUGUUUAACCGUGCUGCUGCUGAACAUGCUUUGAGGAUGGAAGAGGCUGCUCAAAUAUCUGCAAAUAUUGGAAUAUCAGGAACUGGAUCUUCCGAAACACCCACUGAAGGUGCAGAAGCGCCUCCAAACUCAGGUCCCACUGAAGCUACUCCAAAGCCCACCGACAGCAUCAGUGACUCCAAGACACCCAAAGACAAAGGCGGCACACGCACUAUGGCUGGCCAGGGCAUAGAUAAGAACACACUCAGCAAUCUCUUGCCCGAACAGCUCCUGGUUGAUAUCCUAGCGGAGAGGUUUCAGUUACCAGACUGUUAUUGUGGCAUCGUAAUUUAUGGUCUCGAUUCUGUCUACACCAAGUCAGUGGCGAGCUGUCUUCAAGUUGUUCUCAAGGCUCUUAAGAACCGCAAACACAUCUAUGUUAUCAACUUAUAUGACUCCUACAACGCCCUGAAAGCUCGGAAGAGGGCACAAAGAAAGGCUGAGUAUACCCUGCUGAAGGAAAAAGCAGAAAUGGAGGAAAAGUGGCUGCAAAACAUGGACGAGGAUGAAUAUGCAGCUCUGCCGCAAAUGGAGAAGGAGCGUAUCAUUGAACGACAGAAACAAAAGAAACUCAGGAUUCUUGAGAGAAUCAGGAAAACGCAGAAGAACAAGAAGCAACUUGAAGAUAUAAAGAGACUGAGACUAGAGGAGUUAAAAAAGAAGAGUAAAAAGCCUACAGCUAAGGAAAGUAAACAAGCGACAAGGAAGAAGGGUUCCAUGGAGAGUAAGCAGUCAGGUGCCGUAACCGGUCCUCGAAUGUCUUCUAAAGAAUCCCUAGACAAGAAAGAGCAAGCUCCUUUAAAUGAAGCAAAUCAAAGCAAAGAGUCUGAUCCUUCACACAAGAAAGAUGAAUCUGAAAUACCCGGAGAGUGUGAAAUGCCAAGAGAAGAUAAGCUGCACAGUCUGUUCAGUGCAUAUGAACGUAGCCAGACCAUGGUGGAGCACAUUGUCCAGUACUGGGACCGUGUCAAUGGCUUAUUGCGGGUCCCAAUUCCGGGUCCGGAGCCCACACCAUCCGCAGAAGAUCCCCCAACGGAGAAACCCGCUCAUUCAGCAAAGAAGAGCAAAAAAUCCAGUAGCAAGGUUCUGUCUCCACACAGUCACACGGAACCAGCAUACAAAACAGACAAGAUGGCAGAGAAACUCAGUAUCAUCCCUCACAUCGUUGUUAAACUCACAGGCAAAGACUACCCAGGUGUACACCAGCUGCUCAAAAACAAAGCCCUGCCCCCACUAAAUGAGAUCAUGGAUGAGUUGGGGUUGGGAUCAAGCACACUAGCCAUCCCUCCUCCUAUUACACUAUCAGUGGUUCGUCUCCCCAAAAAUAGGGAACGAGCUAACAGAAAACUAAACUGCGAUUGCUUCACCUUUCUGAAUAAUUGUGCCACAGAGGAACAAGAUGAGAGGAAAGAGGAAGAUGAUGACGACAUACAAGCAUCCAAGAUGCUCAAAGGUCGCAACAAAGCUGGUGCGAAACUGACUGCACUGAAGGAUAAGAAGAGCAGAGAGAGUCAGAAGAGCCUCAAACGGCCUCCACCCCUUCCUAAAGCCAGGGGCUUGGAUCAGUCCUUCUAUUCUUCCACACCUGACAUCACUGAACAAGAUCAACACAUUGCAAGUAUAGAGCAGAAACGCAACCAGGGCCUAACAACAUUUCGUUGGGUUGUACCCGCCAACGGGCAAGUGGUGUUGAAGAUAUGGUUUUAUACCAGCUCCCCUGGGAAAUUUGAACAGAUCUUCCACUUUGAACUAACGGAGACUCAGAAAGUCUAUCAACUCCUUUGUAGAGGGAUUUGCACAUAUCCCUCCUUCUGCAAAGACUACAAGAUUCUUUUUCCCUACUGUCGAGAGGUGCCAAAAUUCACACAAGGGCUUCAGAAGACUUAUGUCGUCAAUCCUGGAUUCUAUGAGUUUGGACCAUUACUCUGUAGCAAGACCAGAGACAGAUACAAGGAUAAUCGGUACCCGGAGAACACAGAGAGACUGGUGAUCAAAAAUGAUUCAGGGCUAGAGACUGAGGUUCAGUUUCAUUUCCAGAAUGAUACCCAGGCCACCACAUAUUUGCUAGAUCCUCCUAUCAUGACCCUGCAACCUGAUGAGGAACAGAAUUUGACUGUGUGGGCCUACCCGACAACUGCAGGAGAAAUCAAGGACAACAUUGUUUGCUGUAUCAGGGAUAAUCCAGAAGUGUUUGUUAUUCCACUGUCCUGCUUCGGAGUGCGACCAGAGCUUGAGCUAGAAAGCAAGCGUCUGCAUUUCAACAGGGUUUUACUUCACAGGCAGGAGAGUCGAAGUGUGAAGAUCCAUAACAAGACACCAGUGCCAAUAUCUUGGAGAUUGCAGGGCAUGGAAGAACUUGGUGAUGAGUUUAGUGUAUCUCAGGAUAACAGUGUCAUCUUACCAAACACCUCGCUUUUACUGACAAUGCACUUCAUGGCCAAAAAGCCUCUCAAUAUCAAAAAGCAAUUACGCUUUGAGGUUUUAGAUGCAGAGAAUAUUUUGGGCAUAUUAUACACUGAAAAAAUACAGGUCUCCGCAGAAGCAUUUGAUAUAGCUAUGGACAUCACACCAGAUGGCUGUCUGGACUUUGGAACAAUGAAAGUCUUUGAAGAGGUGGAGCGUAUCAUCAAACUGAAAAACCAAGGAAAAUAUGAAUUUGCAUACAAGAUUUCCGUUGUGCCAAAAAACCCAUGCCAUCCACACCUCAGCUCUGCCUUCAAGGUGUCCCCUGCAAAUGGUACCUUAAUGCCUCGCAAAAAGUUCACAGUGAUUCAGAUCCUUUGCAAACCCAAGCAGGAAAUCUCAAUCACAGACAAACCCGCUCUAACAUGUCAGGUUAUUGAACCCAGCAUUGGAGAUGGAGGGCACAUUGUUGCCAUUUUACCCAUCAAUGUUUCGGUUAAUGCUGUCUUCUCCAGGUACACAAUCUUACCAAUGUGUGACAUUAACUUUGGUCCUCUGGUUUUUGGCUCCAAGAAAAGCCAAACCUUCACGAUUGAGAACAAUGGCGUUUUUGAGACGCAUUUCACCAUCUCCUGUGCGGGCGUUGACGUUUGCCCGCGAACAAGGCAGAGUGGUGUGGCUCUGGGUAAGAGGGGUGCUCGUGAGAGCAUGUCAGAAAAGUCUCAUACAGCCGGGAGCAGAAUGAGGAGCGAGCAGAAAGAUGCAAGCAUCUCACAGAAUCGACUGAGCACAGGGGUGUUUGCAGUGUUUCCUUGCACAGGGCUAAUGCAACCCAGGAACCGGGUGGUGGUGACAGUUGAUUGUACUGCUGAACAGCUCGGCAGCUGGAGCCAGAGUUUGCUUAUUGACAUCAGUGGCCGGGACCCCUUAGACCACCCUGAGGGCUUACCAUACAAACUGAUAGCUGAAGUCUGCAGGCCAGGCAUUGUGUUAGACAUGGCUUCCAUCUUUGAGGAGCAUCAUUUGUGUAAAACCAGCAGUCAGAUCCCCUCCGAGCAGUUUGCCAAUGCUGAAAGGAUUUAUGUCUUGGAAGAGAACAAGUUUGUUUUCAACAAAAUUCUUGUGGGGCAAACUGCUCAGGCUCGCUUCAAACUCACCAACAACAGCAAAGUACCAUACACACUCAAUUUGGGCAUCAGAUUGGUUGGCAUUAAGAUGUCUAGCAAUGUGGACAUUUUUGAACUGGCUUCUCCAACACUGUACGUUCCCAGCCAAUCACACGCAUUUGCUAUUGUAAGCUUCACACCGCAUACCAUGCAUCUCUACAAUGCUGUGUUUGAAGCCACAUUUGACAAAAACAGCAGAAUGACAACAAACUUAAAGUCCAAGGUCCUGGAGUUUGACAUAAUCGGUGAAGGCUGUCUGCCCGUUCUGUCUAUUGUACGUCCGACACUGUUAAACAGCGAAUCAAAUCCAGUCUUGCGCUUCAGGCGGACGUUGGUAGGACGUUCGGACACCCUACCGUUGGUGCUGCUGAAUGAUGGCAAUGUGCCAGCUCAGGUCCUGAUUGACAUGACGGAUAAACACAAUGUGUUAACCGUCAGAGCAGCUCCUGGUAACAAUUGCGGUGCAAUCGACUUCUCCCAUUUGGAGGACACAAUGGACUCAGAACUUCAGUUAGUGCACAGAGCAAGCCUGAGACUGGGUGUUACUCAGAGGGUGGAACUGGAGGUCACCUUCUCCUCUGCCGAACCUCUGAGUGUGGCAGACAGGAUUUCACUGCGAGUGGAGGGCAACCAGUACAGCAAUGCGAUUGUAGAAGUAACUGGAGAGGCUUACCAAGACAUCAUCACUCUUGACAACAUCAGCAGGCCCCUUCAGGAAACCGAUAAGAACAAUGAUGUGGAAGAUAAUUAUGAAUUGCUCAAUUUUGGGGACUGCUAUGUAGAUUGUCCUGUGCAAAAGAGUUUCACUAUGACCAGCCACACCAGCAGCAGCGAGGUGGUGAGGUUUGAGUGGCCCUCGGAUGACCUCAAUGUCAUCAUUUCACCAGAGGUAGGACACCUCCAUGCUGGCUGCUCUAAAGAAGUGACUGCCAUCUUCUGCUCCAAAGGGCCAGUGACACUGGCAAAACAGCUAAUGACAUGCAAGCUUUGUCAGGUGACAUUCCAGCAGCCACUGGAUCAAGUUCCUGACUGGGAUAACCAAAAGAAGACAUCGCAGGCUUCACGGACACUGACACAACAAACAGGGAAGAAUAAAAUGGUAAAACUACAUGAUGAACCAUGCUGCUCUGUAGUCAAAGGCUCAGAAUGGGAGUUGGGUUUGCUCAUCAGUGCAGUUUGUGACUUUGUCAAGUUCAGCUGUAGCACGGAAACCAUUAAGUUUAAAGACACCUUGGCUUACAAAACCAGCACUGAAAAUGUGCAGAUAGUUAAUGAAGGCGUUGUGAAACUGGAAUUUUCCUGGCAAAUCUCAAUGGAUCCCAGCAGCAGCCCAGACGAGCAAAGUCAAGAAGAUGGGGCCCUCACACCUCAGCCAAGUAGUAUGUCCUCAAUGGCCUUGACUGAAGAAAAGUCAGACAGCAGUCUGGCCAGCGAGAGGUCUGUUUUGAUGCAGAAGUCUCCUUUCACUGUGGAGCCCAGUUUUGGAACCAUUUUGCCUGGUGCUACUCGGACUUUCUGCAUUCACUUUUCACCUUUGGAGGCAGGCCCGUUUAAGGGCAUAUUGCUCUGCAGUAUCCCCAAUUUGGAAGAGGCAGAUGAUGCACCAUGUAUCUCAAUUUGUGGCAACAGCAUACUACCAUAUUAUCACUUUGACCUUGAAGAUUCAGACUACAUAAGUGGCCACCGCCGCAACUCUGCAUUCCGGAAUUAUUUGAACCCAAACAUAAAAGUGAUAGAAUUCAUCACCAUUGGUCUCUCUACCCCAACAAUACGAUGUUUUACUGUUUUGAACCCAACCAGUGAACCCUAUUCAUAUGAGUGGCGAUGUGAAGACACUGGUAACAGUCUAUUUACCUGCAUAACCCCGUGUGGAACUGUUUUGCCUGGAGAGAAGUCAAAGGUGUGCUUUAAAUAUGUGGCUGAGCAGGUGGAUGACGUGGAGUCAUACUGGAGCUUCGUGAUUGAGACGCUGUCACUGUCUGUUCCUUUCCUAUGUGUGGGCAUUAUGAGAGAACCAUUUCUCUACUUUAACAAGUCUCAUCUUGACUUUGGAGAACAACUUGUUGGCAAUAAAGUGUCACAAAGUGUGGAUCUAGUGAAUGGCGAGGAGGAACCCUUUCACUUCACUGUUGCGCAGCCAUCACUACUCUGUGAUGACCAGCAGUCCAGACUGAUUUUGCAGCCCUCAAGCGGCACAGUGGCAGCCAAAGACAGGCUGCCAUUGUCAGUGUCCUUCAGUCCUUGUCGAGAGGGCUACGUGAGCUUCAGAUUAACCCUGAGAGUGAAGAGGAAGUCACAGCCACUUAUUCUUCCAUGUAAGGCAGAUUGCUUUAUAAUGACUGCUUCUGUUCAAGUGGAAAAUUCAGAUGGUGGCCUCAGAGAGCUCAGCCCUGAUGUUAUAGAAACUUUGGACUUUGGAAGGGUGGGCAUUUCAGAGCAAGCUACCUUUAAUAUCCUGGUCUGCAAUACUGGAAGAUACGAUAUGGAUGUGAACUUUGAGCUGGAAGGGCCGAGUGAGCUGCUUCAAACCCUAGUGACAAAACCAAAAAAUGCUAUGAUAGCUGUUGGGGAUCAGCUGCAGUCUUCAGUCCUCUUCUCCCCUCGGAACACUUGCACCCUCAAAGAUAUCAGACUGAUUAUCAAGGUAAAUAAUGGUGCAUCGUUUACCAUGGCUUUGGAAGGUAGUGGUGUGACACCCGACCUGGAAUUCUCUUUCAAAAAGUACAACUUUGGCAUGCACUUUCUGUAUUGUCCUGGCAUGACCCCAGCCUCCCACAAUCUCGUGAUAAAAAAUAAAGGCGACAGGGACAUCAGUGUCAAGUGCCAAUUCAGAAAAAGCGCUUUCCUGGAGAUUGACUUCAAAGCAGAUGUUUUUUCUCCUGGUGCUGUGGUGAAUAUUCCGAUCACUUUUUAUCCUCGCGAGCCACGGCGUUACCACGAAAAGCUCACCUUCUUAUUGAACAGCUGCAUUAAAGAACAAGUGGACAUUUUGGGACAAGGCAUUGAAAUGAAGCUGGAAGUACUGGCUCCCAAGUCCCAAAAGGUCAAACUUGGAAGUCUGUUACUGGGACAAAAAGCGAUAAAACGAGUGCACCUGGUCAACUACAGUAUUUUGGGCAUUCCUUUCAAUCUGCAGAUGGACACUAAAACACCUUUGGACCCCAAGAAUCUGUCGAUCAGCCCUGCAGGCCAGCAGUACCUUAAUCCUAAUGCCGGCUCAAGUAUUAUCGAGAUCCAGUUCACACCCUAUCAGCGCAUUCCUCCCUUUACUGCAGAGUUACGGGCUGAGAUUGAAGGCUAUUUACACCCUUUGCUGACCAUUCAGGGCUGCUGCAAGGGUGUAGAAGUACGUCUGGAUCAGGACCACUUGGGAUUUGGAGCAAUUGUCCAGCACUGCCAGGCCAAAAAGAAAGUUGUCAUGAUGAACACAGGAGAACUUUGUGCACGAUUCCACUGGAAAACUGAAGACUUCCCUCCAGAGUUGUCCAUCACGCCAACUAAAGGCUGUAUCCAACCCGGAACGGAGGUUCCUGUGGAAGUGACAUUUUCUCCAAAGAACUUGAAUAAUGACUCAAGAUAUGAAAACUUAUCUUGCUACAUUGAGGGCUUCUCUUCACGUAUUACUCUCACUGUGACGGGAUCCUGCAUUGCAACAUCCUACAUCAAAGAGGUGGUGACUUUUGUUUGCCCAGUGCGUUGUUCUCAUACUCAGACACUGUAUGUGGUCAACCCCACUAACCAACGUUGCAGCAUUCGACCUGUCAUCAAAGGCAAGCAAUGGAGAGCUGCACCCUCUGUGGCUUUGGAACCCCUCCAAACCACCUCAUAUGACAUAACCUACGCACCACUCACCAUGACCACUGACGGAAAGAAACACUUGGGGUCAGUAUUUUUCUCAUUUCCCAAUGGGACUGGCAUGUUGUAUACGCUACAAGGAACUGCUGAAGCUCCUAAAUUAGAGAACACUAUUGUACACGAACUGCCUGCCAAGACCCACUACACACAGAUACUCCCUGUGACCAACUGGCUCUCAAAGCAGAAACGGUUCCUUGUUGCAAUAGAGUUCCUGAAACCUGACAAUCCAGAUUCUACGGUGUCUCUGAAGGGUUGUGACUACAUUGAUGUCCCUGCUCUGUCCAAGAAAGACUACAAGAUUCAUUUUUACACUUACAAGGAGGGUCAAUUCAAUGCUAAGGUGACAUUUCUGAACGAGGAGUCAGGCGAAUACUUGUUCUACAUCAUUAAUUUCAAGGUGACGGGUCCGGUAGACUUGUACAACAUAGAAUUGGUGGCGAAUAUCCGGGAGAAGACUUCGGCCACCAUAGAAGUGGAGAACCCCCUCAGCACAGCAAUCUGCCUCACUAUUGACUGUAAAUGCCCUGACAUCAGUGCCCCGAGCCAACACAUGGUCCCAGGACUAUCAAAGAGUGCGCUGACCUUCGACUACCAGCCUCUACGUGUUGGCGAGACGACUUCUCGACUGUCUCUAUUUUGUAACGACCUAGGUUUCUUCCACUAUGGUCUUCUUCUACGAGCUCUGCCUCAAGCGCCAGAGAAGACUCCUCGCUUCAGUGCUCCUCUGGGCAACAGCCACAGUGCUCCUAUCAAGUUCCUCAAUUACUCACACUUCAAAACAGAGUUUGCUUGCAAGACUGACUGCCCAGCCUUCAUUGUGAACAAGAGUGUGGCCGCUUUGCCAGGCAACCAAACAGGCUCACAAGUCAGUGUGGAGGUGUGUUUCGAGCCAUAUCAACUGGGUGACGUGAGAGGCCAGCUGAACCUAUCCUCUGGCAUUGGUGGUGAAUACGUCUUCCUGCUACAUGGAGUUGGCCUGCCUCCCAAAACACAAGGCCCAUUCAACAUUCGGACUGGCAGAAGUGUCUCAAUCCCCUUCAAGAACGUGUUCCUGCAGACCACAACCUUCUCUUUCCAGGUGGACAACCCUUGUUUUACAGUUAAAAAAGCGGACACCAUCCCAUCUAAAAAAAUCCACAACAUCCAAGUCUACUUUGUGGUUCCUGAUGGAGGCUCACCAGGUCCAUGGAUUGGCAAAUUGACCGUCUCCAACCAGUGCUCAGAGGGACAAAGUCAGGACAAAAUCUGCUGGAUUUAUUACUUGAAGGGGAAUCUGCUGGAGUCAUCCUAGACUGUGGCAAACUUUUUUAUCUAUGAUAAUCAUAUUUUUCCGUUCUUAUUUGCAACAAUGCCUCACAUAUAGAAUUGUAAUAUUGAAUAUAAUGUGUUUGUUUACACGUGAGAGGUCUUUAGUGUUUCAAUAGGUUAUACUAUAUACACAAACGUGGCUGUGACUUGUACAUAUCAUAUAUACACCACCAGUUAGUUGUCACAUUUGUAUGUAGUCCAAUGGUUGUUUUUGCUUGUCCACUGGCAGAUCAACUUUAAAGAACCAAGAAACGUUGGCCCUCCCAAUCAUGACAGGCUACACGUUCGACCACAGGAGGGCACUCAUGUUUAAUGGUUUCACAAAUUACUCUUGUUUGUGACCAAAGUUCCAACCUUCCAAUUGGGUCCACAGAAGAGGCAAGAUCCUUUUUUUUUAAAGAAAUGUGCAAUGAAAAAUAUGCCUGGACAAAAAAACUUUAACAGUCACAAAACAAUGCAGGUGCAUUUU